AUGGCGGCCCUCGCGCCCAAGACCGAAUCGCACCGCAUCUUCGAGAGGCUGAAGCGCAAGGAAGCUAACAAGAUCUGCUUCGACUGCGGCGCAAAGAAUCCGACCUGGUCAUCCGUGCCCUUUGGAAUCUAUCUCUGCUUAGACUGCUCUGCCAAUCAUCGGAACCUGGGCGUGCACAUUUCUUUUGUCCGAAGUACGAACCUGGAUCGUGAGUUGAAGCCCCCAUCUCAAGUGCAGGGGGGGAAUUGGCUGUGCUGAUGAUUGUGAUCUGCAGAAUGGCAAUGGGACCAACUGCGCCGAAUGAAGGUCGGCGGCAACGAAAGCGCUACCAAGUAUUUCCAGUCACAUGGAGGCAGCGCUGCGCUGGCGAGCAAAGACCCGAAGACGAAGUACACGAGCAAUGCGGCGAACAAGUACAAGGAUGAGCUGGCGAGGCGAGUCGAGGCGGACAUCAAAAAGUGAGAUACAACGAACACGGGGUGUGAGACAGAGGAGAUGUUGACACAUGAAUUCUAGGAGCCCCAACGAAGUGGUUGUAGAGGAUGCCACUGAUGGCAAGCCCGAGUCGGGAACCAGCACUCCGGCGGAGCCUUCAGAUGACUUCUUCUCUUCCUGGGACAAGCCAGCUAUCAAGAGACCAAGCAACCCGCCUUCGCGUACUGGCACGCCAGCGCGCACUGGUUCUCCCUUCCUCAACGCAAACGUCAAUGGAAACGGCACUGCACGGCCCAAAUCGCCUCUGAAGCCGAGUGAUGGGACUGAAACACCCGCAGUCGCUCGAUCAGUUUCUUCGACGGCCGUACGCAGGACGGCUGUUCCCUCCAAGCCUAAGGCCAAUAUUCUCGGCGCAAAGAAGACGAAGCUGGGUGCGAAGAAGGUGGAUGCCAGUGCGCUGGACUUUGACGAGGCCGAGAAAAAAGCGCGCGAAGAGGAAGAGCGAAAAACGCGCUUGGGGUACGACCCGGAUGAGGAGACUCCUUCGGAACAGAAGAUUGAGGCUUCUCAGCCAAACAGCUCUGCUUCUACCAUCCACCAACCUACGCCGCUGAGCCCAGGUCGGGCAGGUGGCUUUGGUACAACUGCCAAGCCAAGGGAAAGGAGCGACAGCGAGAUGGAGCGUUUGGGCAUGGGCGUCCGGAGACUUGGAUUCGGUCAAAUUGGUGGUGCCAAGCAGCCGGCUGCCGCACCAAAGGCUGUGGGUUUUGGAUCCACGAGCAGAGCUGCUCCCGUUGAAGGUGAUUCGCCUUUAGUGCUCUUCGCCUCUGCUUUGUGAAUACUGACAUGAGACAGAUGAUUCCGAACGCUUUGCCCGCCAGAAAUUCGGCACGCAAAAGGGCAUCUCUUCUGACGAGUUCUUCGGCCGCGGCACCUUCGACUCUAACGCUCAGUCUGAAGCCAAGUCACGUCUGCAAGGCUUCGAAGGCGCUACCUCCAUCUCUUCCAAUGCAUACUUCGGCAGACCUGAGGAUGAGGAGGUGGCAGGCGGAGAGUAUGGUGAUCUUGAGAGUGCCGCCAAGGACUUUGUCAGAAAGUUCGGCAUCACCGCUGGAGAUGAUAUCGAGAAUCUGUCGCAUAUGCUCGGGGAGGGACAUGCGAAGCUGCAGAGCGCUAUCAGGAAUUACUUGAAUUCUUAG